AUCUGAAUCACAGUGAGAAACAAGAAUGGCUGACCAAGAACAGUAAAAAGUUGUUGGUUGUCCCGUUAUCGAAUCUUUUGAUAGAAAUUUAAUGCCUGUUUAAAAAGGAAAGCAAAAUUGACACGUAAUCCAAGUUUUGUCAAAUAAUGAACAACGUGAAAAUCUUUGCUCGGUUUCGCGGUUUCAUUAAACAACCAAUGGUGAACAAGGAAAUAAAAUGCCGCGAUUAAAAUUUCUAUGAUUUUGACACGUUUACAAAAUUUAAGAUCCAAGAAGUGAAUCUUGAAACUUUUUUGAGAGUGGAAACUCGUCGAUAUUGUGGAAGGAUAUAUCGAUCGGGACAUUCUAUUUGUUCAUAGAGGGUGUGGGAUCAUUAUACAAACAUUAUGACGAAUUGCUGCCUUUCGAGUGAUACGAAGGAUUCUCUCUAUUUUUUUUAUCGUCCGCAUUUCUUUUAUGUCCUCUAAUUAUACUAAACAUGUGUGCUCGUGAACGUCGUCACAGUUAACAAGUGAUAAGUGAUCAUAAUUUAGUAGAUUAUCGUGUAAUUUUAUUUAUAUAAUAAGCGUUAGGUGUUUAUCAAUCAUGAAGAAACAAUUCUUCAGAGUUAAACAGCUUGCUGAUCAAACAUUUUCUAGAGCUGGCAAAACAGAAGUGCUUACAGAUGAUUUACAAGCUGCAGAUAAACAUGUAGAUCAAAUCAGAAUGGCUCUCAUUGGAUUAAACAAAAGACUUGGUAAUCCACCAAAUCAGGCUAUGACACAAGAUGUUGCACUGAAGGAAAAGCGUUUGAAAAAGUGUCCAGAAUAUAUAUUAGGUCAAACAAUGUUGGAGAAUGCUCCUGAAGAUGGUCUCAUGGGUUUUACUUUGUCAGAGUGUGGACGUGCACAGAUGUAUUUAGCAAAUGAGGCAAUUGAACAUGAAGCAAAAGUUGAACAAUAUGUUGCAAUGCCUCUUCAACAUAUUUUAGAUACGGAUGUACCAAACAUAAUAAAACAUAAAAGAAAUUUAGCCCGAUUAACUUUAGAUAUGGAUAGUGUGAGAACAAGAUAUCAACAAGCCAGUAAACAUAGUGCUAGUGCAGGUGCAACAAAGGUAGAUAACUUAAGAGAAGAAUUAGAAGAAGCAGAAACUAAAGUUGAGCAAUGUAGAGAUCAACUAGCUGCAGAAAUGUUUCAACUUAUGUCACGUGAAACUGAAUUAGCACAUACUAUUAUACAAUAUGUAAAACUUCAAAGAGCUUAUCAUGAAAGUGCGCUACAUUGCCUUGAAGACCUUAUUCCUGGAUUAGAAAGCUAUAUUAAUGAUAACGAAAUGAAACCAGUUUAUGGUUAUCCUUUGGAAGAACAUCUCAGAGUAACUAACAGAAAAAUUGCAUUACCCGUUCAAUUGUGUGUAUCUGCAUUGCUAAGAUUAGGUAUGGAAGAAGAGGGCCUUUUUAGAAUAGCUGGCGCUGCGUCAAAAUCACGUCGAAUUAAAUUGAGUUUAGAUGCAUGCUGCCUUACAUUACCAACUGCUCUUGAGUAUAAAGAUCCACAUGUCAUUGCUGGUGCAUUAAAAUCUUAUCUUCGAGAACUACCUGAACCUCUCCUAACUUACAAGUUGUAUCCUGAAUGGAUGGCAGCUGCAAAAAUAACUCAGAAUGAAACAAGAUUAAGGGCUCUAUGGGAGGUGUUACAUAAGUUACCAGCUGUAAAUUUAGAAAAUCUGCGGUUCCUAAUCAAAUUUCUAGCUGUUCUCACUAAAAACCAAGAUGUGAACAAAAUGUCACCACAAAAUAUUGCAAUUGUAAUCGCGCCCAAUUUAAUAUGGAGUCCACAAGAGGAUGCAAAUACAAUGGUAAUGAACAUGAGUACAGCUAAUAACUCUAGUCUUAUAGUUGAUCAGUUAAUCACAUAUGCAGAUUGGUUUUUUCCUGGUGAAAUAGAUUUUGAUCGCGAUUUAGAAGUUGGUAUUAUAAUUGGUUCGGAAAAUCAAACUACGAGUAUGCGUCGUUGCAUUUCUAACAGUAGUCUUAGUGAUCAUGGAGAAAGUCCUCCACAAGGCAGUCCUAAACCAGCAGCUCGUAGGAAAAACAAACCAGCUCCAACACCACCAAGUAUCACUACUCCGGAUAAACAUGAUAAGAAACCUGAUGAUAAACCACCACCCACACCUGAUAAACCACCUAGACCUUUAACAUCAGGGACUCUUAAUCGCAUAAAAAAACAUGAAACAACAAAUACCGAAUCAAUUACAAAACAUGACACUAGUACAGAUAAGCAAGAUGGAAGCACAGAAACAGAAACUAAACAACAAAAUACUGAAGCAAAUGCACUUAUUGAUUCUUCGUUAGUUAAUUGUCCAGAACGCGUUGACGAGGUACAAGAAGAUUUACAUAAUGCAAACAUAGAAACUGAAAAGAUUAAUCAAGAAACUCAAAAGGCUGAAAAGAAAUUAAAUGUUCCUAUUGCUCUUGAAAGGAACACUAUGGAAAAUAUAUCGUGCAAUAAGUCUCUUAUGGAACUUGAAAAUUCAGAAAAUUCUAUACAAAAAUUAAAGGUAAUACCAACUGAAAGACCGCCUCCCACUACAUUAGAAAGACGUAGACCAGUAGCUGCCCCAAGAAGUAUAACCAACAUAGUACAUAAUGCGGAAGAAACGGUUGAAUUACGUAAGAAGGCGGACAAUAAUCCUGUAUGUACAAGCACACUUGAUAGAAGUAGUAAACCGGCGAUUCCAGAACGACCAGCCGGAUUAAUACGACCUUCGAGCCUUAUUAAACAACAACCACGGCACAGUAACGAAAACUUAGACAGCGAAGCAGGACCUUUAACUUUGGAAAGAGCUCAUGUAUAUUCAGUGGACAAACAACAGGUCAGUAUAAUACAAGUGCGUGGCAGUGGCAAUGUGUUCUGCACCUCGGGCAACAACAAUGGCAACGCGGCUUCGAACUUACAGAGAAGCCCCAGUGUAGGUAGUCGACCUUCGUCUAUGUCCUUGUACGGCGAACGACCGGAAAAGCCAGCCAAAUUGAACGCUCCGGAACAAACGAAAGCUCACGUGCGAACCAGAUCAGAAGGGAAUAUUAUCGAUGUGCAAACUCAGACUGAGACGGUGGUAGUUGUUAAAUCACCGCAACAACCUGUUCCGGCUUCUCCAAGAUUUCAUCAAAGACCUCCGCGACCUCAACCGCCACCACCACCUCCACCCACCGCGCGUGUUAAAUCGGAACACGAAAGUACUAAUCUCUAGAAUCAACUGUAUAAAAAGUGAUUAUUACAUUUAUAAGAGAACUUUAUAGAAAUUAAUAUUUU